AUGCUCCGCAUCUUCAUCAGCUCCUCGUUCAGUGAUAUGAGCAGUGAGAGGAAGACUCUGCUGGAGAAGGCCUAUCCUGAGGUCCUGACCUACUGCCGCAGCCUCGGCCUCGUCUUUGAGGUUGUGGACCUGCGCUGGGGCCUGAGGACGUCUCCUUCGGUCGAACACGACUCGUGUGAACUGUUCCUCCACGAAAUCCAAACGUCCAAACGAAUCUCUGUUAUUCCUGCUUUUGUCGUUCUCUUGGGAAACCGUUACGGACACCGCGCUCUUCCUCGUCUCAUUUCUGAAAAACACUUUGAAGCGUUUUCAUCCAAACUCUCCAAAAACACAGACGGCCUCAAACUGCUCAGCCAAUGGUAUCUCAAGGACGCCAACGCUGUCCCGCCCACCUACGUCCUGCAGCCAAUCACGGCUCACCUGGCUCACUACAGGGACUACUCCCCCGAAAACGCCCUGAAACGAGAAGGUGACGCAGCCAAAUGGAAAUCCAUCGAGACUCAGCUCCUGACGCUGCUCAGAAACACGGCGACUUCAGCCCAGAGCGCCGGAGAGCUCCACCCAGAGGAGCGGCAGCGCUACUACACCUCAGACUCUUCCUCCCUCGUCUUCAUUCGUGAGAUUCCUCAUCAGAAAGUCCGGGAAGGCCCUAAACGCUUCGCCAAGUUCAUGGACCUGACGGCGGACGGACUGAUGGACGCGGAGGCGCAGACUCUCCUGACGUCCCUCAAAGCGCGUCUCUACUCCGGACCGCAGAAGAUCCUAAACUUACACUGCGUCGAACUGUCCAAGGGCGCCAUCGACCCCAAACGGAAAGAACACGCGCAGUACCUCGAGAGCCUGUGCGAGCAGUUUGUGUCGCAGGUGAAGACUCGGAUCGGCGCCGCUUUGGACGAGAGACCGCGCCGCAAAAUCUGGGGAAGCGUCCGAGAAGAGACGCAGAAGCUGGACUUGACGGCGCUGACCACGGAAGAGGUUAGCCGUCACGUUAGCGCUAGCGUCGAGUUGUGCAAAGACUUCCAGGGAAGGGAGGGGCUGCUGGGGAAGCUCUGUCUGACGAUGUGGGAGUCGACGAACGAACGCCACGCGCCGAUCGUCGUCCACGGAGAGCUGGGGAUGGGGAAAACGCUGCUGCUUUGUAAGUUGGCUCAGGAGAUGCGGAGCGUUUUGGAAAACCGAGCCGCCGUCGUCGUGAGGCUGUUGACGUUACUCCACCCUCAGAAGUACAGCGUCGAGAACAUGCUGCGGAGUCUGUGUUGCCAGAUCUGUUUGGCGUUCGGCUUAGCUCCGCCCACUUCGCUCACCGCCGACGCACAUUUGGUCAGUUUUUUCCUGAACGUGCUGGAACAAGUGUCGCAGCAAGGGAACAACCUGCUCCUGAUCCUGGACGACGUCGACCGCCUCGCCGACAAGAACGGCAAACUAAGAUGGCUGCCGUACGAACUCCCGCCCAACGUGCAUCUGGUGGUUUCCAUGGAGACGAAAUCGGAGGCGUUCGCGAGGAUGCGGUUACGGAUGGAGACGCUGGAGAACUUCUUCGAGGUGGAGCGUCUGGGAGCGGAGGACGGAGAGAUGAUGGCGGAGUCGUAUCUGAGGUCGCAGAAUCGCACUUUGGCUCAGGAGCAGAAGGAUUUUGUGCUGAAAAGUUUCGAGAAGUCAGGGAGUCCACUGCACCUGCGACUCAUGCUGUCGCUAGGGAAACGCUGGAGCUCGUUCACGCCGUUAGCCGAGCUGCGACUGGCCGCCAGCGCACAGGAAAUGACAUCACUGCUGCUGCACACGAUGGAGGAGCGACACGGACGAGAGCUGACGGCCGCCGCCCUCGGAUACAUCGCUCUGGGCAGGGAGGGGCUGUUGGAGUGUGAGUUGCGUGACGUGCUGUCGCUGGAUGAUGAUGUCAUAAAGGAGGUGUACAAACACUUCCUGCCCCCGAGCCCCUCCCUCAUCCGCUUUCCCCCCCUCCUGUGGGCGGGGCUAAAGUAUGACCUCACAGAACACCUGACCGAGCGCUGGACCAAUGGCAUCGCCACAAUCGUCUUCAAAAACAGGCGUUUCUCAGAGUCCGUGUCGUCUCGUUACUUGACCUCUGACCGUAAAGGUCGCGCUCUGAAGAUUCUGGCUGAGUUCUUCCUGGGUCGAUGGAGCGGGAAACUCAAACCUGUGGCUCUUCCUGGUCUGUCCCUGGUUCUGCCCGACAGGAAGGUCCCGCCCCAGCCGCUGUGGUUCGGCGCCGGAUUGGCCAACGUCCGAAAACUGCAGGAGCUGCCGUUUCACCUGCUGCAGGCGGGGCUGUGGGAGGAGCUUAAACAAGAAGUCAUCAGUAACGCAGAGUGGCUGUUCUGUAAGAGUCGGGUCUGUGGAGUCCAGGCCGUGGUCCAGGACUUGGACCAGAGCUGGAGGAUCAUGGACUGUGUGGAGACCAAACUGAUACGAGACGUUUUGAUCCUCAUCAAACCGAGCCUGGACUAUCUGGACGGGAACAUGGAGAUGACGCUGUUCUACUCGGAGCUCUUGUCUCGUCUCCGCUCUCUGGCGCCGCUGUACCCUGCUCUGAUUGGUCAGCUCUGCUCUCAGUGCGAGACGUGGCUGCUCUCCUGCACCGAGCCUAUCCUCAUCCCACAGACCAGCUUCCUACAGCCUCCAGGGGGCGCUCUGACGCACACGCUCACCGGCCUGCAGGGAGGUGUUCUCUGUUUAGACGUGCGUGUGGAGGAGUUCUUUCAGCUGUUCUCUGUCCCUGCAGGUGUUCUCUGUUUAGACGUGUGUGUGGAGGAGUUCUUUCAGCUGUUCUCUGUCCCUGCAGACGUGUGUGUGGAGGAGGAGUUGGUUGUUGCCGGUUCAGACGACGGUGUGAUCGGCGUUUGGAGCAUCCCCGACGCUCAACUGCUGCACACGCUCCUCGGACACACAGGUGCAGUUCUGGUGGUGCGUGUGACUGGCUCCGCCCUCUGCGUCUCAUUGGCUGCUGACGGCUCGAUGAGGAAGUGGGAUUUGCUUCGGGGGAAACAGGAGGCGAGCGCGGACGAGGUGUUGGCGACGGACCGCGGGCCUGUGCGCCUGAGCGUGUGCGAGAGGCGGGGCCUCCUCACGGUGCACACGGAGACACAGGUGAAGUUCUUUGGUCUGGACGGGUUCUCUCUUCUCUCCUCGAUAUCGGACCCGGACUCUCAGAUCCUCGGGGUUCUGGACGACUCUGUGGUCUCUCUGUGUGGACCGGGCUUAGUCCAGAUCAGCCAGGCCCUAGACCGGACCAAAGACCCCGUCAUGGUCCGGCUCCAGGAACAGGAAGCGAACCAGAACCAGACCCAGGACCAGACCCAGGCCCCAAACCCGGACUGUCCCCAGGCCCCGGGCAGGACCCUGACGCUCUGCUCGUCUGUGGCUCUGAGCAGAAGACAGAAGGUCCUUGUGGUGUUUAAUGAAGGAAUCCUCUUCCAGAUUUCUAAAGACGGAGGCCACACGUCCAAGAAGUUUCCUCUGACGCCCUCAGUGUUUAAUGUGUCCCACGACGAGAAGAUCCUCCUGGCAGGCUCAGACCUGGUUCUGGUUCUGUUCCGGUUGGAUGGUGUGGAUCGGUUCUUGGAUCGGUUCUUGGAGCUGGUUCAUGAUGAUGAGGUUCUUUCAGCCUGUGUCUCCUCAGACUCCAGGAUGCUCUUCAGCGGAGCCAAGGACCAGAUCAUCAGGGUCUGGUCCAUCACCACGGGGGCGCUCCUGGACUCUCUCUGUGGACUGGACGCUCCCGUCUCGUCCCUGUCUCUCCUCUCUGACCUCAUCGUCUCCGCCUCCUCCUCGUCCACGGCGGUCAAACUCUGGACGCUCCGAUACGACACGCGCCACAAACCCCCCGCCCACAUCCCCACUGGCUCCGCCCACUCCGCCCUCACACGGGACUGUGACCAGGUCUUCUACGUCCAGAACCAGGGACACCACGAAGUCCUGAGCUGGAGCCCAGACACAGGUGGGGUCAGUGAGCGCAUGGCGGUGUCGGUGGAGGUGUCGUGUUUGGAGGUGGCUCAGUCCAAGCGUCUCCUCCUCUGCGGUCUCCUCAGUGGGACGGUCUUCAUUUACCCCCUGACCCAGCCCGAGGAGACCCUGUGCAUCCCGCCCCCCGAGAGCCUGAGCCGCGUCCGAGCCCUGACCCUCAGCCCCAGCGAGCGCCUCCUGGGCGUGGCCUACGACGACCAGCUCUGCCUCUUCACCCUCACCUCCAGGGACUGUUUCCCCGCCGUCCAAGGCCCAGACUCCAGGCUCCUGCUGGGGCUUCUGCACGGACCACUGACCUGCUGCGGACUGCUCAACGACCAGAGGUUCAUCUAUGGGACGAGCUGUGGGGAGGUGCGGCUCCAUGACUUCAGGUCCGGUUCUGGUUCAGUUCUGGAGGCUCAUCGUAGUCGGGUUUCGUGUGUGACUGUGAGUAACUGGGAGAGCCACGCCCUGAUCGGCUCCGACGACACCACCCAGAGACUGUACUCCCUCCGCCCCACACGGCUCCAGCACAGCAUGGACUACAAGGGUUUCUUCUUCGAGGGCGUCCUCUGCGCUGCUUUCUCCGACAGCGACCAGUUUGUGUUCACCGGCUCCAGAGACAGAACCAUCAAAGUCUGGGGAGUCUCCACAGGGAAGCUGCUCCUGGUGCAGUUCGUGUACUUCCCGGUCGUGCGGAUGGUGACCUACAGAAACGGCUUUGUGGCUCUGUCCAAACAGGGGACCAUCAUCAGAGAGACGUUCAGAUGCCCCGACCACAUCAGCCCCGACUAUAACCCGCUCAGGACGGUGCGGGCGCAGUACAGGGUCACGUCCAACCCCGACGACCCCCGCGACCCGUGUGGCGCCGAGGAACAGGGGCGGAGCCACAGCACACAGGGGGCGGAGCUGCACGAGUUCAACCCCGCCCACCUCAGCCUGAUGGACGUCAUGAAGUCCAAACCAUCACCCACCUGCGUCCUUCUGUAGCACCGGACCUGCUAGAGCUAAAGGCUAGAGCUAAUGGCUAAAGCUAAAAACUGAAGCUAAAGGCUAAAGCUAAAGGCUAGAGCUAAAGGCUAGAGCUAAUGGCUAAAGCUAAAAACUGAAGCUAAAGGCUAAAGCUAAAGGCUAGAGCUAAAGGCUAGAGCUAAUGGCUAAAGCUAAAAACUGAAGCUAAAGGCUAAAGCUAAAGGCUAGAGCUAA